GACGCACCCAGCUUCUCUCUCGUGUGGCGGCCGCUCGUUUCCAAGUUCUCCCGAGACCCGGAGUUGGUCUACUGGGUCCCGCCGCUCUACCUGUCGGGGGAUACGCUCAGAGCCAAAAAACCCGAGGCGACGGAGAUCCGGUCGCCGACGUCGCUGGGGAGGCUGAGGCCCAAGCAGCUGGUCUCCGGAAGGGGAUCACGUGAUCCAACCAGCAGUCGGGCCAACCUCCUGACGGCGAGCGAGGAGACGCUCUACUUCGGAUGGACACCCAAGAAUCCCCUGAACUUCGAAGGCAGCGAGCACUUCUACGAGAAGACGCCGACGAUCUUCCAGAUGCACCGCAACCCCAUGAACUUCCUCGGCCAGGACCAUUUCCGGAAGAGGAACGAUUCCUUUAGCUACGAGCACAAUCGCUACAAGAUGGGCCCCGGGCGCUCCGAGGGACCGAGCACCCCGAGCCAGGCGAGGGGAGGCUCGGCCGUCGCGAGAACGAAUGCGGGAGGCGAUUCCAGUGGGAAGAAAGAGAGUCUCAAAGAUGAAGUAUUUGUAAGCUACCCCGAAGCCACGCAAGCGGCCUUCGACAACCCGCCCGGGUAUCCCGCGGAGAGGAAGACCCCGGCCCGGUGGCCUGACGACAUACAGGACGUCCCCGGGAGCCCCGGGUCGCUGGAGGCCGAUAUCACGGGAUGGACGGCCACCCACACGUACAUGAACGACUCGCACCUCCUCCACAAAAUGGCCGCCAGGAGCCUCACUCCCCAGACGCCGUCGACGAUGGACAGGUAG